CCAGACCCUACUCUACCCAAAGCAUUGAAAAAUAAGACAGUGAACGGCGAGCAACCAAGUCUUGUGCACAGCUUCCUGAGGUAGUAGGCCCAUGGAGAAAUUUAAGACGGUGCUGGACUUGUACACCAAGCACCACAGCACACUAGGCUACGGCCUGAUCACGCUGCUGACUGCCGGCGGGGAGCGCCUCUUCUCUGCUGUGGUGUUCCAAUGCCCCUGCAUUGCCAACUGGAAUCUUGCCUAUGGGUUGGUCUUCCUGCUGGUGCCGGCUUUGGUGCUCUUGCUCCUUGGCUACUUAUUAAGCACCCGAACCUGGCGACUACUGACCGGCUGCUGCUUCUCCCACAAGAGGUGCACUUCGGGGCUGAGCUGUGCCUUACUGUGCACGCAGCUCAGCGCCAGAGCCACGGUCGCUCCUCUCACCUGGAUUGCUAUGGCUUUGAUCGGGGGCUCCUUCUACGAGUGUGCAGCCAGCGAGAUCCCGGCCGUGGUGCUCUAUCUGUGCAAGAAUGACUCCGAGUGCAAAGAACAGCUUGUGCAAGUGCCUUGCUCCCAAACCAAGGAUUCCGAAAUGCAGAGCUAUCUGAAGGUGCUCAAGGCUCAGUCGCAGGUGUUCGGCUGGAUCAUGAUAGCAGUCAUCAUCAGCGUCUUUGUGAUUUUCACAUCAAUCAGCCGAUGUCUAUCUCCAGUUAGUUUUCUGCAGCUGAAAUUUUGGAAAAUCUAUUUGGAGCAGGAACAACGGAUCCUCAAAAGUGAAGCCACAGAGCAUGCAACAGCAUUGGCCAAAGAGAACGUCAGAUGUUUUUUUGAGGGUUCUCACCCAAAGAAAUGCAGCACUCCCAGCACUAAAGACUGGCAGCAGAUUUCAUCAUUAUAUACGUUCAAUCCGAAAGAACAGUACUAUAGCUUAUUGCACAAAUUUGUUAAUAGAGGAGAGGGGCGUCAGAGCAUCACGCCUUCUGAAGGUGAUGCAAUGAUUCCUGUCCUUGACUUUGUGGAUGCAUCAGCUAUACAUACCACUAACAACUUAUAGUGUUAGAAAAAUACCUUCUGUAUUUGUCUCUCACCUCCUAAAAAAUAAAUUUUGAUAUUGUUGGGA